GGUCCAUCAGUUAUAAUCAAUACGGAGAAUUAUAUUAUAUAUAUACGAUCAGUUUGCAACAAUAUAUAGAGCUAGUAUUAUAUACAAGAUCGAUAGAUCAGUUAUAUAAAUAUAUACAAUAGACUUAUAUAAAAGAGCAGUUAUGGUGAGUAGUGCUGGUAAGGUCGACGUACUAUCAACUCAAGGCAAUGAUUUGCUCAACCGUCGCAGUUUCCCAUAUGAUUUUAUCUUCGGAGCAGCAUCAUCUGCUUAUCAGUAUGAAGGUGCAGCAAAUGAAGGUGGCAAAGGGCAAAGUAUUUGGGAUACUUUCACACAGAGAAACCCUGGUAAGAUAGCAGACGGGAGUAAUGGCAACGUGGCGAAUGACUCUUAUCAUCGAUACAAGGAAGACGUGAGUGUCAUAAAGAAAAUGGGUCUAGAUGCGUACAGAAUCUCAAUCUCAUGGCCUAGACUUUUGCCAACUGGAAGACUAAGUGGUGGUGUGAACAAAGAAGGAAUCAAUUACUAUAAUAAUCUCAUAGACGAGCUCCUCGCCAACGGAAUACGGCCUUUCGUAACUCUGUUCCACUGGGAUCUUCCACAAGCCUUAGAAGACGAGUAUGGCGGGUUCUUAAGUUCCAAAAUUGUGCAUGAUUUUAUUGAGUACGCUGAGCUUUGCUUCUGGGAGUUUGGUGAUCGGGUGAAGCACUGGAUCACACUGAAUGAACCAUGGAGUUUCAGCGUUGAUGGGUAUGUAAACGGUACCAUUGCACCGGGUCGAGGAUCUUCUUCAUCGCCGGGAGAUCCAGGCAGAGAACCAUAUUUGGUGUCACAUCACCAGCUUCUUGCUCAUGCAGCUGCAGUGGAACUCUAUAGACAAAAGUUCAAGGCAACUCAAAACGGUAUAAUAGGGAUUACACUAGUAACGGAUUGGUAUGAGCCUCUCUCGGAAACUAGUGACAGUGACAAAAAGGCUGCGGAACGAGCCUUCGAUUUUGCAUUUGGAUGGUUUAUGGACCCGUUGACGACAGGUGACUAUCCACAGAGCAUGAGAUCUAAUGUGGGACCUAGACUUCCAAAGUUCAAAGUAGAAGAAUCAGAGAUGUUAAUAGGGUCGUUUGAUUUUAUAGGAUUAAACUACUAUACUGCUAAUUAUGCUACUGAUGCUUCAUCAUCUACUGUUGAUAAUCAAAAUUUCAGUUACACUACAGAUAUUCGAGUCACCACUUCAACUGAGCGGAAUGGAGUCCCUAUUGGUCCAAAGGCUGGUUCAGACUGGAUCUAUGUUUAUCCAGAAGGGAUAUAUAAGCUUUUGACCUACAUGAAGAAAAAGUAUAAUAAUCCACUUAUUUACAUUACAGAGAAUGGGGUGGAUGAGAAAAACAAUGCCUCUAUAACGAUUUCAGAAGCCCGCGUUGAUAAGACUAGAAUAGACCAUCUUGAUAGGCAUUUUCGUUUUAUUCGGAAAGCGAUCAAUGAGGGUGUGGAUGUAAAGGGACAUUUUGUAUGGUCGUUGAUGGACAAUUUCGAAUGGAAUGAGGGUUACAACGUUCGAUUUGGCUUGAUCUAUGUCGAUUACAAGAAUGGGUUAACAAGGUACCCCAAAGAAUCGGCCAUAUGGUUCAUGAAUUUUCUGAAAAAAGAUACAUUGAACUCUCGAAAAAGGCCACUGCCCAAUAAUAAUUCCUCCAGAAUUCUCAAGAAAAAAUAAUUGUUCUCCGAACCCUCCAUGUUAAUUUGAAUUAUUAAUUUUUUUCUAUUUGAAUUUGUAUUAGGUCUAAUUCCUACUGUUUUGGUUGGAUUAUUAGAAAUUCCAAACUCUUCGUUAAAUUAAUGCUUAUGUUCUUUAAUUUAUGUAAUAAUGUCUACGUUGAUAUUACGGACAGGGGAAGGGCUGCCCCCUGUGUAGCCCAUUGUUACAUUUGAACAAAUAAAAAACUUAAAUUCAAAUUAUUGGUA